CUUGACGCUUCUUAAUUUUUAAUAGCUGUUAAAUCCUCUGACUUGCAGAAAUGCAGCGCAGUUCAGGAUGAACGUAUUGAAAUUUUCCAUUUGAAAGUCAGUAUUGGGGGGGUUGGGGGGUGCUUGUGAACCUUUUGAAACAUCUGGUUUUCUGCAUGAAAUGCACCAUAAAAUAUGACCUGAUUCUCAUCUAGGUCAAUAAUAUAGUCUUUUUUAAGACACACCCAACAUCUUAAAUUUCAAUAUAUUUAUUGAACAGUUUUUUCAAGGUCAUUUGAAGAAAAUGCAAUUUGAACCUCAUUUAUUUGCAGUAACCUUAAGCAAAGAUGUUUUGUAGCUGCUGAUAAAACCUGGGCAGCAUUUAUGGGGUAUUUCAGCCUAUUUCCCCACACUAAUUUCUUUCAGGUUGCACAUUUUUGUAGGAAAUCUUGUUUGUUUGUCCUGCUUCAGCUCAUGGAACAGCAUUUCAGUGAAAUUGAGAUCAGGCCAUUUUCUGUUGGAGUCAGUCUGCUGCACAUUUACUCUCUGUGUUUCUUCAGAGCUAUCAGAUCAUAUACAGACACCCCAGCACCCUUUUGUAGAACUUCUUUGUAAAAUAAUCAUUGGUCCUUCAAUGACUGCAAGUCAGCCGAAUCCUGAGGCAAGUGUUUGGCUGCAUAUCAUCAUAUGCUCUUCACAAAGCCCAUGAACAUUGCCGUUCUGGCCAGGAUCGUUUUAUGCUCCCCCUCUAUUUAUUUAUGCAUCCUCCUAGAAUAUCCUUCCUACUCAUCAUACUUCUACACCUGAUGAAUGGUGAUUCCUCAGCUGCCUCGCGCUGCUGCCUCCAUGCAGUAUUAGUGUAAAAUAAUAGAAUCAGUAAAAGAAUUGUCCUGACUAAAGUGACUGUCAAGCUCCUAUUGAGACAUCGACAGUCUUGGUGCCUGAGGGCAGUGUAACAAACCUCUUAAGCCAGACACUGCAAACAAUGUCUUCUGCACACAAUGGCUUUUGCACACAAUGGCUUUUGCAUUGCUCAGAUUUAAGUUGUCUUUGUUUACUCUGUUCUUGUUCACAUCUCCUUUUUUUCUAUACUAAUACCCGUUCAAAAGGGUUUACUAUAAAACACCAGGCAUGAUUGAGAAAGAAUGGCUGUAAGAGUCAAUUGUUUGUAUGUGUUGUUUGUAUAAUGAUUUCUGAUGCUCUAACAUUCAGGCAGUGUGAAAAUCAGCGCUUAAGGUAGUUAUUCAAAGAUUUUGGAUUCUGAUUUUCAAACUACAGGGCAUAUGUAGUAGGGAGAAUUAUAAAUGUAAAUUUUUGUGGUCAGAAACUCCCAGGACUUGUACAGCUGUAUUCAGCUAUCAAUCAUUAUUACAUUUAAUAAAUUGAAUGCAUAUAAAUUCUAUUCAUAAUUUAAUUGUAUCCAUCAUUUCCACGAUCUCGCGGCUUUCUUAAUUCGAUCUUCAAUGUUACAGGCAUUGCUGUAUUUUGGCGCCCUCUAGUGUUUGCUGAUACGUUGGAGCACAGAAAAACGUCCCCCUAAAGUUGUGAGUUUCUGAGAACUUUUGCUUUGAGAAAGAGAAAGAGAAAGUAUAGUGAGACGUGCGCUGUUUAGAUAAUAUCUUUUGGACUUCACCCGAGUAUCAGCCUGCAUUGCAGUUGUUGGUUUAAAGCUGUUGACUAAUGCUGUGUGCUUAAAUGCGUGUAUGCUGUGUGCUUAAAUGCAUAUACUGUGGGUGUGUGCUCUUAAAUGGACCAGUGUCCCUUUCAGGGUGUUCCUCAUCCUGUUCCCCGUAACAGAGCCACAGCAAAUUCACCCAGAUAACCCCAGGUAAUGAGCAAACCAGUCACACCGGGCCCCACGUUGUUCUGACAGACCCACAAUGAGAAUAAACCUCUGCAGGAGAGGUUGUGGAUGGAUGGAAAUGAGGUGAAGCCUCUUUACUCCACCUUAAGCAGCGUUAAUUAUAAGCUUAACCUUCAACCCUUCAGUAAAUGUCCAGUUGUGUGUGCUAACUGGUAGGCGCAUGGAAUCGGAAGGUCAGAGUGACACUCUCAGUUCUGCUCACAUGGACUUCCUGGCCACUGGAAUACUCAACAAAAAUAUACCCUUUUUAUGGGAGUACUGUGUAUGAGAUGAUAAGCAGGUGCCAUUCACUUUCAUGUUUGAUUGCCAUUAAAAGUUUUACUACAGAUUAACGGGAAUUAAAAUGCUGGAGACCUGGAGGAUUUUUUCCCCGCCUUUGUGGGUGUUUUGUGGACGGGAGAGAUGCAGUACAUGCUGCAGACAGAGGAACAGGGGAAGGACAUUUGAGACCCCGAGUAGGAUACUGUGCAGUUUGAUACUUGACCCAAAAACUCAACGUGAUAAAAAUCACCAGUUCUGGCAGCUGGAGCGAAUCCUGAAUCAUCUCGGGUCCUGCAGCCAGAAUUACUUAAUUGUAAAUGACAGCAUCUCUGGGUCAAUAAUCAUGGUCUGGUGUCCACCCUCAUGGAGACCUGUGACACCUCUGUUUUGUGCAUUGUGGUGAUAUGUAAACCCAUCCCCUUGACUUGAUAAUUUGUGUAGCUCAGUGUAAGGCAGAAUGGAAAUUGGAGAGAGAGAAUAAACCAUGGUGUGAUAAAUAGUCAAAAUAUUGUAGUGCAUUAUGGAAUAGGUGUGGUAAACUAAGAGUAAAUAAAGCAUGAUGCCAAAAAUGCUAGAUGUUUCCACAAUUUUGGCCACUAGUGUAAGUUAAUGGUAUUUCAAGUCCCAGUAAUAUAUUGUUAUAUAUAUGUAAGAUUUCUUACUGAAACAAUAAUAAACAUUUCUUUUCUAGUAUUAUUUCAGUUUUUUACACUGGUGAUGCAGUGUGAUCAUUCUAGAGAUUAAUGGCACGAGAUCCCAUCAGAGCAGGCACACUGCAGUUAUGUUCUCAGGCUUUGCAGUGUGAAGCAGUCCACGCUGACAGGGAGGAUAAUGCCUGGAUAAUCGUAGCCUGGAAGGUCUUCAGCUGCAGUUCCAAAAGCCAUAAACUGCAAAAUAGGCUGGAACUGUACUGAGAACUUUGCUUGUUUGGACACAAGGUAUGAAUUCUGGUAAAAAUCAUGUAUGUGGCAGAAAGGGGUGAAGGCUGACUGCAUGUGUGAUUUGUGAUGCAAGUUAUGAGUUCAUCCUUCGUGAAAAAGGGAUAAUGGUAAAUAGUGCACUCAGUGACCCCACCCCUGCCCCCACCCCACAUACACACAGAGUUUUUCUCCUGAAGUCACACACAGACAUGGUGGAGUGUCUAAUCCGGACACAUUUAUCCAGGUAAUCAGCUCUCGCAGUCUUACUGACACAUCCCCAAAGGUGGAACAAGCUGCGGUUGGUCACAUCUCCCCAGUGUAGAGCAGAAAGGCGGAACUUCCCCAGCGAAAAAGCAGGAUUUCUUUCCCCAGUAUCUCCCAGCCGGCUGUGAUCAAGAAGCAUGUCUGAGAAGAAGGCAGGAGCUGCUGCUGCUGGGGCCUCUGGGGAAGCUUCCACAUCUCAGCCCAAGAAGACCAAGAAGACCAAGAUGAGCAGUGAAAGCGCCAUAGCUAAGAUGUACUCCCCCCUGCUGAACUCACUCUUCGGCCAGGAACGGCAAUUGGUACCUGAGGAAUUGGAUGAGUUAAGUGAAGCCUUUAAAGAGUUCGACUAUGACCAGGAUGGCUACCUGAACUAUAAAGACGUGGCUGAUUGUAUGAGGACCAUGGGCUACAUGCCCACGGAGAUGGAACUCAUUGAAAUCAUCCAGCAGAUCAAGAUGAGAUUGGGAGGUCUGAUUGACUUUGAUGACUUUUGUGAGCUUAUGGGGCCAAGGAUGAUGGAGGAGACAGCUCACAUGAUGGGGAUUAAGGAGCUCCAGUGUGCUUUCAGACAGUUUGAUUCUGAUGGCGAUGGACUGAUCACCUACGACGAGCUGAAGGAUGCUAUGAAGUCCCUCCUUGGGGAGAAGCUAAAAAAAGGGGAGCUGGAUGAGAUGCUCAAGGAAAUAGACCUGAACGGAGAUGGGAACGUAGACUUUAAUGAGUUUGUAAUGAUGCUGUCCCGGUAAUUGUGGGCGUUACUUCCAGCUGGGCUCCAUACCUGCACAAGCACUCUAACAGAAUUCUGUAUUUGUGAUUUUUGUGACUAUAUGGCUGUUCUGCAGUUCUGAAAAGGUCAUGUUUCUGUCUUUCCGUGUGUGUGACUGGUAACGAAGCUUGUAAGAUUCAUAAGAUACACCUGAUAUUGUGUACGGUUCUCCUAGAAAUCCAUUAGAAACGGUUUUUAAAAUGCAUUAUGAAAUAAGAGGCACCAAAAAUAUUGGCAUUUUUGGUUGGAAAUUACAAUUGUUACACUCCUAGUAUAGAUGUGGGGAGCUUGGAACCUAUCCAAGGAAGCACAGGGCAGGGAAAGCCCAGGAAAGAAGGUCGGCUGGCCCGUCACAGGGCACACACUGGGAAAUUUGGACUCCAGUCCGCCCAGCUGUAGACUUUUGGAUUGUAGGAGAAAGAUGGUACAGUGAUGCUACACAUCCAGAGCUGGGGACGGAAAUCGAACCUGCAACCCAUGAAGCGUAGCGUGCUACCCACUGAGCCAUAACACCAACCCAUAGUUAAAUUGUUGUGAUAUAGUGUAUCAUUGUGUUAUAGUGUACUGCUGUAUAUUAUAGACAGUAUAGCUGCACUGGUCUAAUAAAA